AUGGAUCCUGAAGGAAGUACAGGUCAAACUGAGAACAAUCCUAUGGCCAUGAAAAAUCAUUAUAUCCCUGAUUCAUUUCAAAGAGCAUCUAAUAUUAGAGUCCCAUUAGCACCCACUGUUAAAUUCGAAAUAAAUCCAGGAAUUUUUCAAAUGCUCCCUAAUUUUCAUGGAUUGCCUUUAGAGGAACCUCAUCAGCACUUAGAAAAAUUUCAUAUGGUCUGUGAUUUAGUUAAUCUCCCUCAAGUUACACCGGAAAUUAUUAAGAUGAAAUUAUUCCCUCAUACACUUAGGGACAAAGCUAGUCAUUGGCUAUCCACAUUAGAUAGAGAAUUAACUAGCUGGAAAGAUAUAGAACAGGCCUUUCUUCGAAAAUUUUAUCCUUUAGGAAAAACUCAAAAUAUGAGAAAACAUAUAUGGAGUUUUUCUCAAAGACCAGGAGAAACUUUGCAUCAGACAUGGGAAAAAUUCAAAGAUUUACUUAGAAAGUGUCCUCAUCAUGCUAUACCCAAGUGGCAGCUCAAUAGAAUUUUUUAUGAUGGAUUAUUAGAACAACAUAGAAAUAUGGUUGAUUCUAUAUGUGGAGGAGCUUUUAUGGAGAAAACUCCUGAUGAGAUUUACAGUCUUUAUGAGAAUUUAAGUGAAAAUUCUAGAGAUCAAGCCUCUUUUGAAUUAUAUGACAAGGAAAUGAAGAGAGAAAUUUAUGAAUUGCAUCAUGAUGAUGAUUCUAAACUUAGAAAUGAGGUUAAUCAGAUUAAUCAAAGAUUAGAAAAAAUUGAUUUACUUAUUGAUAAUAUUAGAAAGCCUUUUAACCCUCAACUUAAUUCGAAUAGUACAUGUCCUAUGUAUGGUGAAAAUGAUUAUUCUGAACUUCAAUGUUAUAAUUUAGAUCAAUCAUUUCACCCUAUGCAAGAACAAGUGCAAGUAGCUCACGGUUUUAAUAGAAAUAGGGAACAUUUUUCAAAUUCUUAUAAUCCUAAUUGGAGGAAUAAUUUUUCAUGGAGAGACCCAAAUAAUAUUCAAAAUCCAGAAGCACUUAGACCCAAUUCAAACUCUGAAUUUCGUCCAAAACAAGAAAAUAGAUUUCAGAAAAAUCAGCCCUCUCAAACCCAACCUGAUGCUAUGGAAAUGAUGCAGCAAAUGAGCCAAAUGAUGCAACAAACUAUGAAUCAAAUGAUGCAACAAACUAUGAAUCAAAUGAUGCUUCAUCAGAAACAAAUUAUAGAGGCUCUUGGGAAUAAGAGAGAAGAGGGACAGCUACCUAGUCAGCCCAUAGAAAAUUCAGAAAACUGUCCAACAGUAAGAUUUCAGCAAGAAGAGUCUAACUGGAUAAAUUUAGAAAAAAACCCACGAAAUGAAAAUGUUAGGACAGUGAAUACAUUGAGUGAGAAUAUUUUACCUGAUCCUUAUUUCCAAUUAUUAGAAGAAAUUGAUGAUCCAUUAGAAGUAAAUGAGGAUAUUAAGGGCAAAAAUAUAGUAGCAGAAAAUUUGAAUAAAAUCAUUUAUUGCUCACAAUUGAUGAAUGAAUAUAGUGAGGAUGAUGAGGAGAAAGAACCCUUAGAUGAAGAAACAGCGACUGAUCAUAGAAAAAUCAUCCAAAUUUCAGUAGAAGGGAGUAAGGACAGAAAUGAAGAAAAAUAUAUUUCAGGGGAGGAAAAAUCAAUUGAUUUGGGAGAUGUAGGAGACGAAAUUAAUGAAUCUAAUCAUAAUUUUGCAGCCAUGGAUGUUGAUUGUGAGGAUGAUGAUGUAUAUCAUAUACCAAAAUUAAAAGAUAGCUCUUGGGAAGAUGAAGAAUUUGAUGAGUUGAGAAACGAAAAGCUAGAAAAAGAAUUGAUUCAACUAAUGGGAACAAGCAAAAAUAAUAGAUGUGAAUAUAGAAAUAAUUUUGGAGGAGAAAAUUUGAAUUUUACUGAAUUCAUUAGAUCUGAGAUUAAAGAAGACAAUCCUUCCAUCCUUCAAAACCCACAGCCCAUUAGAAUUAUUUCUAAGCUUGAAAUAUUUCACUCCUCCCAAAUUGAACAAAUAUGUAUGGAAGAUAAAAUGGAGCAGGGGAAGAUUAUGCAGAUAAAAGAAGACAUUAAGAAAUGGGUGAGUGGAAGAAUUAGAGAUACCAAUUUAGAUGAAAAAAUUUUAGAUUGGGCAAGAGCUAAUCUGAAAUUUAUACGGCCUGAUCACAUUUUAUGGUUUAUUAAUAGAAAGUAUUUAUUAAUGAAUGAGAGCCUAACAAAACAAGAUAGAAAUAAGGAAAGAUUCUUUUCAAAAUGGAAAUAUUAUUUUUGGGAAAAUUUUGUUAAUUUCCAUUUUGUUUUGGCUGAAAGUAUGUCAAGGUAUAUAUAUUAAGUAUAUGAAUUUAUGCUAAAUCUGAAAAAGAAUAUCAUAAAACUUACCUUGGGAUACAAAUAUAUUUUGAUGGCCAUAGAUCAGCUUAUAUGAUAUAAGAGCUGUCCAGCUGGAGACAUUAAAUUCAGCGCUGCAUGGGAGGCAACCCAUGGUUUUUAUUUCAUUCUGUUUGAUCUCUAUUUUUCUUAGAAUUUCGCAGUACUUGUUUCUGUGUUUGUUUUUCUUUCGAAAAAGUGCAGGAGGAGGAGUGUAAGAUGAAGUGGAAAAUUAAAAACGAGGUUGAGGUGAUGUCUUUCUGAGCUUCAUCAUUUAUGAAAAUAUUUUUAAUGCUUAACUUUGCAGAUAUGCAUGCUUCACUUGAAAAUUAUAUUUUCUGCAUAUUCUGUUUCGAGUUUUCUGUGUCAUUGAGGACAAUGUCAUUUUUAAGUUGGGGGGUGAAGUAUUCAUUAUUAAUUUAUGCUGUAGGACGAUUAAGAACAUGUGUUUGCAUUUUAUUCAACUUAGAACAGCAACUAAAAAAAUAAAAAUAAAAUAAAAUUCGGAAAAACUGCAACAUCUAUUUUCUGGUUUUCUGUCAGGAACAACAGACUGUCAAAAACAGCAGAUGAAAAAACAACCCGAAAUUUGAAAUUCUAGAGACCCUUUUCUCACAUUUCAAUCCCGUAGACAUAUAUUACUGAAAUUCGAAAUUACAGCUAUAAAGAAGAUAGUUUUGAUUUAUUUUUGACAAAUUUAUUGCUGCUAAAAUAGAACUGAAAACAGAAAACAGAACUGUCAGAACUAUCUAAUUUACAAAUUCCUUACAUCAUAUUGCAUGCAUGAAAAAUUAAAUCAAUUAGAUUGAUUGAUACCAAAAGAUACUAGGAAGAUUAUUAUUGAGUCAAAAGAAUGAUCUAGUAGCAUGAAAUGUUGGAAUACUCCUCGGAUACAUGAUAGAUAACAUGGAUUUGAUUUUACAGAUUUUCACUUCAUGAUCUUGAUGGAUAAUAUUUACUUGAUGUGAAAAUUUGAUUGAUCAUUUGAGUUUAAUGGAGAUUUUUGCACCCUGAUCUAUAGGACUUGUGAGGAGAAAUCACUUAUUUCAAAAAAAAAAAAAAAGAGAGCAAUGUGAAAAAUCUAGAAACGAAGAGUACACAUGGAGGGUGUAAGACAUCAUUCUCAUUGUCGAAAAUCGUGCAUAGAAAAACACUUGCUGAAAAAUAAGUGGAUAAAGUGAAAGCCCUGAAAAUGAAGAGUACACAUGGAGGGUGUGAGACAUCAUUCUUAUUGUCGAAAUUUGUCUACAGGAAAAGCUACUUAUCCACUAUUUAUAAAAAAAAAAAAAGAAGGAAGAAAUAUAGUGCAAACUUCAAAAAUUAAGUCAUAGAAAAAGGGAAAUGUAAGAUCAAUAUUAUUCUUGGAUGAGUAUUGAUAAUUGGAACAUCUUGUAAAUACAUCUAUGAGUGAAGAAGUGAUAAAGAUGUGAAUAGAAGAAGUGAAGUCUAGAUUGUUAUUCCAAAGAGUGCUUAAACAUUUAAGUGCUUGACAUCAUUCUUAAAUACUUGAUAUAAGAAUCCAAAGUGUCUAAAGGUGCAUCAUUUCUAAUUGUAUUUUUUUCUUUCUGUAUUGAAAUAUGAUGUUUGAGAUUUGUUAAUUUUUAUUUUCGUAAUUCCAUUGCUAAGGGACUAGCAAUGAUUUAAGUUCGGGGGUGUGAUAAGUCUUCAUUAUCAUGAGUUAAUAAUUAGUAAAUCUUAUAGUUUAAGCCUUAACUCAUGAUAAAUAGACUUAUAUUUAUGUUAAAGUGUGAAAAGUGCUUUUCAGUUGAUUAACGUGAAUUUUUGGGUAAUUAUGUGAUUUUAUACGAUUUUUACAGUAUUACUUUUGAGAUAAAUAAAGAACAAGAAAUAAAAAUAAAAAUAUUGCAAAAUGGGGGACCCGCCAGCCAGCCGGGCCCGCAAGCGGGUUGGAAGCUCAGUCGGGGAGUAGCCGCGAGCAGGGGCUCGAACGGCUUGGACCGAUAGGGGCACAUGUGUGCGCCAAUCCCCUUCCACAUCACUAGUGGCCAGCUAGUUGUGGGGCAAGAAGUGGUCGUACACGCGAGAGAAGGGACUUUGCUUACAAAGCUAACAUUACUAUAUAUUCGCUCGAAAAAUCGGUGCACAACUGAUGUGGGACUAAACCCGCGUCACACCUUCCUCAAAGGCGGGCGACCGGUGCGGGUUUGAAUCCUCCCAGAGUCAAAAUUCAUAUAUUUUUAUCUGAUUAUCGCGACUUUCCUACAGAUCGCCGGUAAAGGAUUAAGCAACGAGAAUUGCUAGAUCAUCGGCGAAAAUCUCAUCAACGCGAUUCGUGGAGCAUUGCUACUAAAAUUGCUGAACGAUUCACGAUAAAAGGAUCGCGAAUCCAUCGAGUAAAUCAUCUCCGAUUGAUCGACGAACAAGCCAUCGUCAAGAAGAGGACAAUCCGCCAGGAGACGAGUCGCCACCUCUUGAGAGCGUACUAGAUGCGAUGAAGAGCCUCCUUUUGCUGCGCAGACCUGAGGAUGAAGCUGCCUGACAUGCGCCCCACCUCCAUCCAGCUCCUCUCCGUCGGGUGAUAGCCGCCGGAGAGCCGCAAAGUCGCCGUUUUUCCACUUUGCCAGGUGACAGCCGCCGGAGACGACUCGACGACCCAUUUCAUUAAUCUCUAGACUUCGCGAGAAGAUCUAGAGAUUGCCCACGUCGUCUUUGUCCAAGGAGAGCCUUCGAGGUAGUGGACACUACACAACGAUCCUCCCGAACGCUCAGGAUUCCGGUGCAUUGCCGAUGCAUUGCCGUCACGACGCCGGAACUCUAUUUUCCUGCUUUCAAUUUAAUUUACACUUCAUUUAGUGAUACUUUGUGUGAUUUUAAUUUACCAAACUAUACUUCGUUCAAUUACGAUUCUUCUGGUUUUACAGAUCUUAAUUUGAUUAAUUAAAUCGUCUGUAAUCGCUUACGUAAGAAUCGCUGGGCGGAACUCUAUUUCUGCCCGAUUCGCGUUCGCCGGGUGCUGAUGUCAUCCUGACGUCCGCACCCUUAUUUCCUUUUUUUUCGUGAAUUUUAAAUAUAUUUCCUUUUUAUUUCCUAGUAUAAAAUUCGUAAGAAAAUCGUACUCAUUGAGAAAAAUUCUGAAUAAUUACCAGAUAUUAUAUUACAUCCCUGUUAUCGACCUGGAAAAUUACCGCUAUUUUUGGAAUUUUUAUUGAAUUAUAAUUGAUAUAUUUAUUUAGAAAUACUUCUAAAUAUCCGAAAAUUCGUAUUUUCUAGUUUUAUAAAUUUUAUAUUUGCGUGAUUUAACAUACAACGACUGAGUCACGUCAAGUCCCAUUAGCACCCAUUGUUAAAUUCGAAAUAAAUCCAUGAAUUUUUUAAAUGCUCCCUAAUUUUCAUGGAUUGCCUUUAGAGGAACCUCAUCAGCACUUAGAAAAAUUUCAUAUGGUCUGUGAUUUAGUUAAUCUCCCUCAAGUUACACCGGAAAUUAUUAAGAUGAAAUUAUUCUCUCAUACACUUAGGGACAAAGCUAGUCAUUGGCUAUCCACAUUAGAUAGAGAAUUAACUAGCUGGAAAGAUAUAGAACAGGCCUUUCUUCGAAAAUUUUAUCCCUUAGGAAAAACUCAAAAUAUGAGAAAACAUAUAUGGAGUUUUUCUCAAAGACCAGGAGAAACUUUGCAUCAGACAUGAGAAAAAUUCAAAGAUUUACUUAGAAAGUGUCCUCAUCAUGCUAUACCCCAGUGGAAGCUCAAUAGAAUUUUUUAUGAUAAAUUAUUAGAAGAACAUAGAAAUAUGGUUGAUUCUAUAUGUGGAGGAGCUUUUAUGGAGAAAACUCCUGAUGAGAUUUACAAUCUUUAUGAGAAUUUAAGUGAAAAUUCUAGAGAUCAAGCCUCUUUUGAAUUAUAUGACGGAUAA